CGAAAACCUCUUGGCCUUCUACACCAUGACUUCUUAAUUGAAAGCCUAAUAGGCGACUUUAGAGUUGCAUGCCCAUAUAGGGCUCUCGGCUGCGACUUCAUCGGUCCUCUAAAUAUCCUUUGUGGUCACAAAAAGGCCUGUGUCUUCGAUCCCAAAGAUCUACCCCCUGCAAUCCAAAAACAUGCAAUGGAACUUCUCACAAAUGCUUCUGCAAGGGUCUUGCAAGAGAUUUCUUCGGCAGGGUCUUCCGAGACACCAAUCAAGAAUUCUUUUGAACACAAUUCUAUAACGAAUGAUUUUGAUGAAGACGAUGAUUUACCAGCUAUUAAACCUCCUAGUCUUUUGCUAAGACUUUAUCAGCAAUCUGAUCCUCAACGUCGGGAUCUUCUUUGUUCCUUUUUGGAGAAGCCUCUGGUUUUACCUUUGAAAGGCAAACAGGCUAAAAGAGGCAAGAGCAAAUAUAGCGGUUUCAUUUAG